CGUUUUUCAGAUUAAUAAUACAUCUUUCUUUUGGAGCGCUGUAAACAAAAAGAAAGAAAGAAAAAAAAAACUCAGGGUGCAUUGGGAGAAUUCGAGUGGUGGUGUGUGGUAGGCAGAAACAAUGGAGCUCUUCUAUUUCAUGGUGUUCGGUGCAUUGGGAGCGGUGGUGGCAGCAUUGGAGCUGAGCAAGAACAACAAGAAUCGAAUCAACACUUCCCCUGCCUUCAAUUCCUUCAAGAACAAUUAUCUUGUUGUUUACUCUCUAAUGAUGGCUGGAGACUGGCUGCAGGGUCCAUAUGUUUACUAUCUUUACAGUACCUAUGGCUUUGGAAAAGGGGAGAUUGGACAGCUUUUUAUUGCUGGUUUUGGGUCAUCCAUGUUGUUUGGUACAAUUGUUGGAUCUCUAGCUGACAAGCAGGGCCGAAAGAGGGCAUGCAUUACUUACUGCAUAACUUACACACUGAGCUGCAUCACCAAGCAUUCUCCUCAAUACAAAAUUUUGAUGAUAGGUCGUGUUUUGGGAGGUAUCGCCACCUCCCUUCUGUUUUCAGCAUUUGAGUCAUGGCUUGUUGCUGAACAUAAUAAGAGGCUUGAGCAACAAUGGUUGUCACUAACUUUUUCUAAGGCAAUAUUUCUUGGAAAUGGUCUUGUGGCCAUUUUGUCUGGGUUGUUUGGGAACCUACUUGUUGAUUCGUUAUCCCUUGGACCUGUGGCUCCUUUUGAUGCUGCUGCAUGUUUUCUAGCUAUUGGAAUGGCCAUUAUUUUAUCAACAUGGACUGAAAAUUUUGGAGAUCCCUCGGAAAAUAAGGACCUGUUAACCCAAUUUAAGGGUGCUGCUGUAGCAAUAGCUUCUGAUGAAAAAAUUGCUUUGCUGGGUGCCAUCCAAUCUCUGUUUGAAGGCUCAAUGUACUUUGUGUUCCUUUGGACUCCUGCUUUGAGCCCCAAUGACGAGGAGAUCCCUCAUGGUUUUAUUUUUGCCACAUUCAUGUUGGCUUCAAUGCUGGGAAGCUCCCUUGCAUCUCGGUUGAUGGCUCGCUCAUCACCCAGGGUAGAAAGCUACAUGCAGAUUGUUUUUGUGAUUUCCUCUGCCUCUCUCCUGCUUCCAAUUAUAACUAAUUUCUUCUUGGCACUUUCUACAGUGAAAAGCGGAAGCAUCUCGUUUUCAGGUUGUCUUCAGCUUCUUGGCUUCUGUACUUUUGAGGCAUGCGUAGGGAUAUUCUGGCCAUCUAUUAUGAAAAUGAGAUCCCAGUACAUCCCAGAGGAGGCUAGGAGCACCAUAAUGAACUUUUUCCGCAUUCCUCUCAACAUCUUUGUCUGCGUCGUGUUGUACAAUGUUAAUGCAUUUCCCAUCACUGUUAUGUUUGGUAUGUGCUCGAUUUUCCUCUUCGUGGCAUCUAUCUUGCAAAGACGGCUGAUGGCAAUUUCAGACAAGCCAAAGAUUGAAAAUUGGACAGCUAUGAAGGAAAGGGACCCAGAGGGAGAGCCACUAAAUGAUUGAGACUGAUAUUUUGCCUACAGUUUUGUAGGUGGAAAGCAACAACAUAACUCAUUCCGUACACAGGUGCGGUUGAUGAUUGGAGAGUUGGUAAUGAGGCUGCAAAUUACAAUUUAUAAGAACAUUGUGGGCAGGUUAUUUUUAGUAUUCAUGAUUUGUUUUGGGCUGUCAGUAGAUCAGCAUUAAAAAUAGCACUCUUUCUAAUUAUGAUAUAUUAUUCCCUUUUCUGCACUAAAUUGUUAGUGGAUUUAGAAUGUUAUCAAUCUUCCUUCUUUAUUUCUUUAUUGAAAUCACACAUCUAUCCGAUUCUUGACUAUUUCAAGUACUAAAAUUUGUCCACUCUGGUACUUUGGGCCAAAGUCAAAGAUGACCCACGUUAAAAUUUGUGUACAUAAAAAAUUAAAAGAAAUGUUCGUUACUUUUCAUGGUCUUUUGCCGGUUUCCACAAUGAUUCUGCAGAUCCUUUUAGUCUUGAUCAGCUGCUCCAAAAGCUUAUCUAUUGCCUUCAUUCAUAGGAAGUAGUAACAAGGCAGAUUGAAGUGAAUUCCCUAACUUUCCUCUCAAUCUUGAAACUGUGUUCUUUAAUGGUUCACUACUUGUUUUGUAGUCUUGUCCUCGGAUCAGAAGUUGUCUCUCCAAAUAUCUUCCAAGGCUUGCCUCGGCAAUGUUGAUGAGGCGAAAUGAAGCAUUUAUGUGCAUGAAUUUUGUGAC